AUGAGGUGUUGGGAAUGGAUUCAUGGGAUAGAAAUGGCUUUGAAAAGGGUAUAUGAAUCCUGGGGGGCGCUGUGCUUGAACAGUUUGAUUUGGAGUAUCUCCUCAAGAGCCUUAGCAAAGUCUACUGUAUUACAGCUUGAGAGGUUUGAUACCAUCUACUUAAGGAAAAUGUCUAUCUGUGGUGCUUGUGGUGACAACCACUGUGGUUCGGCACGUUGUUGUCGCUGUCUUGAUGACGAUAGGCUGUGCCGGCUGCUCACGGAAGCACUUGCCAUCGCGAAAAGUCUAACUGCUUUAGCUCCGUCUACUGUUUGCCGUCGGAUCGCCGCCCGGCGAGGUACAUUGCCAACCAGUUUGUCCAGCAAACGCCCUGGAUGGGUAAUCUUCAAGAGGAAGGCCACGGCAAGUACUCUAUUGAAUCCUGAAUCCCGUCAAGAUGCAAGCUAA